AUGACUGUGGAUUUCAAUGGGAAGAUUGAUGCUAUGUAUCUGGAUCUGAAUGGAAAAAUUGAAGUUCUGAACACUCAUGUCAAGAAGCUUGAUACUCAGGUUGCUCAGACUGCAGAGUCUGUAAAAAGGCAAGAAGGAUUCCUUCCUGGGAAGACUGAUACCAAUCCUAGGCAUUACUUGACUCUUGUGCUGAAAAAUGGUGUUUCUGAGGAUGAAAUCGUGGAGUUGGACGAAUCUGAAGAAAAUUUCGAAGUUGCAGAGCCGGUGUCGAGCGACACCACAACCAGUGUCGCGCGUCACCAAUUGCAGAGCGAAGCUGAUAUUCCUCAAAGUCCGAAAUCUGCUGAGGAAAAAGUUUACAAACCUAAGGUUCUUUACCCAAGGAGUCCUAGGAAGUCCAAGCAGGAGAUAGAUGAUGUCAGAUGCAAGGCUUUGAUGGAGAAGCUUGUGAUUGAGAUUCCUUUGGUUGAUACUGUGAAGAUUGCUCCUACUCUCAAACACUAUAUGAAGAGGAUGAAUAAGAUUCCAGAGAAACUCUCGGACCCAGGAAGCUUUGUUUUGGACUGCUCUAUCUUCUUGGAGAAGUUCAAGAGAUCGCUGUGUGAUCUUGGUUCGAGUGUCAACCUCAUGCCAUACUCUGUAGCUGUUAACCUUGGGAUGACUGACUUCAAGCCAACUAAGAUCUCUUUGAUCCUAGCAGAUCGAUCUAAAAGAAUCCCAAAAGGUGUUUUGGAGGAUGUUCCGAUUAAAGUUGGUGAUUGCAUAAUUCCUACAGAUUUCGUGGUUCUGGAAUAUGGAGAGGAACCCAAAGAUCCUCUUAUCUUGGGAAGAUCGUUUUUAGCUACAGCUGGAAAGGUAAUUGAUGUCAAGCAUGGUAACCUUGAUCUCUACUUGGGAGAUACCAUCAUGACUUUCAAGAUGGAGAAGCUGAAGGAUCCAACCAUAGAUGGUCAGACAUUCCAAGUCAGUGCAAUACCUGAAGUGAUAGUUGGAGAUCAGAACGUGUUUGAUGCUGAGAAGGUGAAAGAUCAACCUGAGUUGACUAAGACGUCUACAGAACCAGUAACUGCUAUUGCACAAAAAGCUCACAACAUCAUGUUCCAUUCAUCUCCACCAAAGAAUAGGUCAAGGUCACCCAAACACAGAUCUCACCCUGGUGCUAUUCCUGCAUUCCUUGGACGACCUCAUGCGCUCAACGCUUACAAACCACCAUGGAUGAGACGACUUUCACAGAGGCACUCUUUGCCACUGUCUGAUCCACCAGAUGCAUAA